AUGGUUACCAGUCUGGCAGAUGCUUUUCAGCGUUUGGGCUUACCUAUCAUUAGGAGACAAAGCACUGGCAGUGCAUUCAGCAGGCUGGGAGGCCGUGUGGAUGGACCGCAGCCCAAGCGCCCACGGAGGAAGACUAAUGAUGAUGAUGAUGAUCUGCCUAAGCACACCAUCCAAUCCUCUGUUGUAGCUACCCCUAAGGUGGUCAAAACACGCCAAGAAUCCAUUCAGGAACAGAGCAAGGAUGUCCAAGGACAGAAAAGGAAUCGGCGAAUGUUUGGUCACCUGUUGGGUACUCUGCAGAAAUUCAAACAGGAGUCCACUGACAUGGAAAGCAAGGAGAGGAAGCGAUCCGAAAUUGAGAAGAAACUGGAGGAGCAAGCAGUUGAAGAGAAGAAAGAAGUGGCAGCCCAGAGAUCUCAGCUGUUCACAGAGCGUCGGAACCAGCAAGCUGAGCUACAGAGAUUGGAGAGAUUGGUUGAUAUUGCAAAAGAGCAAGAAUCUUGGGACGCUCAUACUAAGAAGCUGAGUAACUUUAUACGCACCAAGGCCAAGCCCCCAAUAUUCUACAAGCCAGCCAAGCCCUCGCUAGUGACUGAAAAAAACUUAAUGGACUCCAAGGAACUGCUGAAUGAUAUGAUGAAGAAGCGACGAGCUGAGAUUGAAGCAGAGAUCCAAGAGAUGCAUUCAGAGCACGCUAGCAAGGAGACAGAGCUUGAUGGGCAGGAGAUGACCAAGGUCACCGAGGUAAAGGGUAAGACCAAAGAUAAAAAGAAGAAGCACAGUAAGGGUAAGCAUGAGGAACGCAGAAAUGGGAAACAUAGCGAACCAACAGAUGGAGCGCCCGCAACGGAACCAGGGGAUAGCGAUGACGACGACAAGAGAAAUGCUAAGGAUGUGGCUGCCGACUGGGUUCAAGAGAGGGUGGUUGGAGAAGGGGAGCCAGGUAAGGAUGGGGUUGGGAAACAGGGGUCAGAAUCAUCUUCUUCCGGGGAGGAGGAGGAAGGGGAAUUGCAGGAUAGGAACAGUCAGGAUGAGGCAGCAGGCAUGGCGGAGAAAGCAGCCACCCAUGCUGCUGCUGAUGAUACUGAUGAUGGGGAUCAAGAAGAAGGGAAGGAAAACAUUGAAGCCAACAAGCAGGACUUCCGGAGUGCUUUGUAUCCUGAGGAGGAUCAGAGGCAGGAGUUAUCCUGGGAGGAUGAACCCAUGGAGCAGUGA